AUGGCUUCCCCGCUGAAGCGAGAGCGGGAUGUGCAGGGGAAAGUAGAUUCGUUUCGGGUCCGGAUUGCCCAGGAGGCCGAGAAUUUGGUGUCCACCUUUUUCCCUCAGAAGCUGUCUGAGCUGGAUAGCUGGGUCCAGGAGCUCCGCCUGCAAGACCUGUCCAGAAUCCGAUCGGUGCCAGCCCCCGAUUCCCCCGCCUCCCCAGACACUGCAGGGGAUGGGCCCAACCGGGAUCUGCCGCCUCUGCAGACCCAGUCCUCGGUCAAGCUCCCAGCACUGCCGGGCGGUGAGGGACGGUUUCUGCGGAGCAACCAGAAUCUGGUGGAGCUGAUUGAGCGGGUAAAACCUGAGAUCGAGCUGCUGAGGGAGAAGUGCAACACUGUGCGGAUAUGGGUGCAGCUGCUCAUCCCGAAGGUGGAGGAUGGCAACAACUUCGGAGUGUCUAUCCAGGAAGACACCGUGGACCAGCUGUGGACCGUGGAGAGCACAGCCGCCUCCUAUCUACGCCGCUUCUCCACCUACUACAACACCCGGGCCAAGUUGGUAUCCAAGAUAGUGAAGUACCCCCAAGUGGAAGACUAUCGCCGCACUGUAGCCGAGGUCGACGAAAACGAGUACCUGAGUGUGCGCCAGAUCCUGCUGCAUUUACGGAACCAGUAUGCCACUUUGCAUGACGUAAUCCUCAAAAACAUCGAGAAGAUCAAGACCCCUCGGAGCACCAACUCCAACAACCUAUACUGA